UUGUAGGGACCCUGCCUCAGGGUCAGGGCUGGACUGAACCUGUGACCCCGGUCAAACUCCCGCCACAGCGGGGUCAUUUUCCCAGACCGCAGGAGUGUGCCGUGUGACUUUUUCUGGGUUAUGAUAAUCGUGCGUGCUGCCAAGUCGCACCUUGUCCAGGCGGGCAUCUUUCCCAUGAGACCCCCUGGCCUAGGUGUUACCUCUGCUCCCAGAGCUUCUCAUGGGCCAGAGGAGGCCGCCGGAGGUGCAACCUCACACCUCCCACCACAUAUAUGGAGCAGCCUCCCCAGUCAUCCUCACUACACUCUGACUGACUCACCAGCAACACACACACCGUCAGCUCCAGGAAGAUACUCCGACUACAGCCAUGGACAUGUCCUACUGCCCUCCCCUCCAGCUCCAGGACAACUCUUUCUUCUUUGACUGCCAGUCUCUGCUGGAGAAAUCCUACGACCCUGCGGCCUACGACCCAGCCUCGGACCCCGGGUACUUCAGUGCCGGCAGCAGCCUGUCUCCCACCUCCUCUGUGGACUCCUUUUGCUUCUCCCCGACCUCCGUCCAGGCCGUCACCAACGACCAAGACGCCUUGGAGCAUUUUAUCUUCAGCAGCCACGAAGCCUCAGGUCUGAGCGACCAAACCCAGACGCUGCCUUGCUCCAGGGCGUCGUGCUCCGCCACCACCUCCACCACCAAGAGGUCGAGGUCCAAGUACCCGGGCAAGAAGCGGCAGACGGCCAGUGAGAGGGAGAAGCUGAGGAUGAGGGAUCUGACCAAGGCUCUCCAUCACCUCAGGGCGUACCUCCCACCCUCGGUGGCCCCUGCAGGACAGACCCUGACCAAGAUCGAAACGCUGCGCCUCACCAUCCGCUACAUCUCACACCUGUCGGACCAGCUGGGCCUCAGCGAGGAGGCGCUGGAGACCAGGAGACCCUCCAGGGUCAUGGACACACCUCAAACCCUCAGCCAGUUCAUGGGUCAGACGACGGCCGACUACAGACCACCACAGCAGUCCGGCUGUGACAGCCUGAGCCUGGCACCGCUGCCGUCUCCUCAGAACACCUAUCAGGUUUCCACUGACGUUGGAUUCAGCAGUGACCACUACUGGAUGCCACAGGAACAACUCCACGGUGUCUCCUUCACUGGACACUGUUGA